AUGAACGAGAACGCCAAGCGCAAAGCAGCAUUCCGGUUCAAAUCAGCUUCAGAUAUCGAUCUCUUAAAAGAGCGCUUCGUGCCGCAAGCGUUUCGACGAUCUACUGAUGCGUUCAAGCGCAACACCAUCAGCUCUUUGCGAGCAUCGGGAACCGAAGAAGAGUACAGCGAGCGUGAGCAGUUCCUGCAAGACAUUGUUGACUUGAUAGAUCAAUCGCACUCUCGAAAGCGCAUGCUAAAGGAAGAGAAGCUUGCCAAGGUCGAAAAGCGUGAGAGUGACGGUGAGAGGCUGAGGGAUGCUGCGAUGCGAGCGCACGCCGAGAAGAAAAAGUCGCUUGAUGUUCCAAGCGACAGUGAUGCAGAGUCGGAGGACACCAAGGAGAGAAAACCGCGAAAGAUUCAGAAGGUAACAAGAACAGGAAGUGCUUUAGACAGCUUUGCAUUGCACUUUGAGCGUGCAAAUGAAAUCAAGACGUCGGAAAUCCAAAGUGCCUUACAAGCAAACGCAUUGGCCCAACGACGCCUAGAGCUGGAAGAAGCAAGAUUUGCCCUGGACAAGGCCGAAAGGGAAGCUCGACUUGAACUGGACAAGCGAGACAGAGAGAACCAAUGGAAACUUAUUCAAGAAACACUGGAAGUGUUGCGCUCAUUUGUGCCAAAGCAAUAA